GCUCUGUGAACCGGCGAGGCGGGAAAGGGCCGCCGCGGCGCCCGGCACGCCCGGGCGUGGCGGGCGGUCGAGAGCGCGAGCGGGGCGGCCGCUGUGCGCAAUCAGUGCAGGCUCCCGCCCGACUCUGACUCGGCGGAGCCGCGACAGUGCCGGCCACACCCUCGGCCCUGCCGCCGCCGUCGCUUCCCGAGAGCGGGAGGCAGGAGAUGCGCCCGGGGCGGCCGCGCGUCGCAGAGAAGCAGCUCCGACCGCCGUCGCGGGGAAGUGCCACCUGGCGGGGUCACGGCGCCUGAAGCCCACGUGCGCCGCGGAGCCCGAGGUGGCCUCGAGCGCGGCGGCUGACAGCACAACCAGCCGGAGCCGCCGCCCGCGCUCCUCCCCGAGGAAAGGAUUUUGAUUUAAAAGAAAGGAAGGAAGGAAGGACAACUCCCAGCUUCCCCGCCCCGGCGGCCGGGCCGGGUCAUGCCCAGGAAGGCGGCAGCGGCGGCCCAGCAGAAGGGACUUUCCUGGUAGCCGGGCGGCGAGGAGCGCGGACUGUGAGUUUGCUCUGCCCCGGUUCAUGGUUCCUGCAAGCCCUCUAGGAGUCCGAACGCCGCAGCCCCUCCCCGCGCCCCUUAGAGCCUCCUUCGUUCCCUGGCCCUCGGGCCCGCCCCGCGCCGCCCGGGCUCCGGCCGCCGCAGCCCCGUGCCCUCUGCCCGCAGCGGUGGAUGGCAUGAUGGUGCGGGGAAGGGAUCGCGGCCUUGGCCAGCUGAGACGCGACGGCCGCGGGGGCGGCGGUGGUAGUGGGCUCCCCAGCGGCAUGCCAGUGCCCCCCGGGCGCGAUGGCUAGCGGCAGCGCUGGGAAGCCCACUGGCGAGGCGGCUUCUCCGGCCCCUGCGAGCGCUGUCGCCGGAGCUUGCCCGCAGCCGCGGAAGAGGCUGGUGUCCGUCUGCGACCACUGCAAGAGCAAGAUGCAGCUGGUGGCUGACCUGCUGCUGCUGUCGAGCGAGGCGCGGCCCGUGCUCUUUGAGGGUCCCGCCUCCUCUUGUGCCGGUGUCGAAUCCUUCGAGCAGUGCCGGGACACCAUCAUAGCGCGCACCAAGGGGCUCUCCAUCCUCACCCACGACGUGCAGAGCCAGCUCAACAUGGGCCGCUUCGGGGAGGCGGGGGACAGCCUGGUGGAGCUGGGCGACCUGGUGGUGUCGCUGACUGAAUGCUCGGCCCAUGCGGCCUACCUGGCGGCCGUGGCCACGCCGGGCGCGCAGCCCGCGCAGCCGGGCCUGGUGGACCGCUACCGCGUGACGCGCUGCCGCCACGAGGUGGAGCAGGGCUGCGCGGUGCUGCGCGCCACACCGCUGGCCGACAUGACGCCGCAGCUGCUGCUGGAGGUGUCGCAGGGCCUGUCGCGUAACCUCAAGUUCCUGACGGACGCGUGCGCCCUGGCCAGUGACAAGUCGCGGGACCGCUUUUCGCGUGAACAGUUCAAGCUGGGCGUCAAGUGCAUGAGCACGAGCGCGUCGGCACUGCUGGCCUGUGUGCGCGAGGUGAAAGCGGCACCCAGCGAGCUGGCCCGCAGCCGCUGCGCACUCUUCAGCGGGCCCCUGGUGCAGGCGGUGAGCGCCCUGGUGGGCUUCGCCACCGAGCCGCAGUUCCUGGGUCGCGCGGCGGCCGUGAGCGCCGAGGGCAAGGCGGUGCAGACCGCCAUCCUGGGCGGCGCCAUGAGCGUGGUGUCGGCCUGCGUGCUCCUGACCCAGUGCCUCAGGGAUCUGGCGCAGCACCCGGACGGGGGCGCCAAGAUGUCGGACCACAGGGAGAGGCUGAGGAACUCGGCCUGCGCCGUGUCUGAAGGCUGCACCCUGCUAUCUCAGGCUUUAAGGGAGAGGUCUUCGCCCAGGACUUUACCGCCAGUGAAUUCCAAUUCUGUGAAUUAGCACCCCCCUCCCAUACCCCUUCUUCCACCCCCAGACUAAAGGAAGAUACUUACUCUCUACUCCUCUCCAUUUAUACCAAAGAAAUCAUAGGUGAAGCCGCCCCCUACCCCCCAUGUUAAAUGCUCGAGAGGAAUCUUCCAAAGGGCAGGGCCAUGCACACACCUUACAUGCGCACUCGGAGGGCCGAGAUGUCCACCAGCAACGCAGUAGGGACUGGGCGAUGGAAGAUGUAUAUCUGCUGGUUGCAGCAUUAUCCAGCCAACCCCUAUCCCAGCCCAUCUUCCGGAAUUUCUCAACUAAAUUUUAUUAUUAAUUGGGCAGGAAGGAGGUCAUGGGUUCAUUUUUUUUUUUUUUUCAUAAUUAAAAGAAAGGUUACCUCAGUUUUCACUCCUUAGACAUGGAUGUAGCUACCUUUUUUGUAUGUUGUUAUUUUUUUUUAAGCAAUCGUGUUGAAUUGGGAGCAUACUUGGUGUGGAAAGAGUAUGACUUGGCCAUGUGAUUUGCAAAUGGGGGGAAAGCUACUGUGAGCGUGUGUUUUAUUUUUUAAUUUACACUAUAGAGUGAUUAUUUUUCCCCCAGUGUCAAGUUUUUACCUUGCAUGUA